AUGAUUGCAAUCACUCACGAUACAUUUAUCUCCAGGCUGCAGGAUAUACUUCGUUCUGCGCCACCCUCAGACGUUGUGGGCUCCAUUGCCUGGCUGGCCUCUGAGCUCAAUACCAACGGCUACUUCGCCGAGGAGCAAACAAUCCGCCAUGUCCUGGAUCUCUGCAAUGCCGAUGUCGAGCUGGGAGGGCUCGGCAUCUCCGAUCUUCCCUGGAGCGCUGUCGACGCGGCAACACUGGACCGCGUUGUGUGCCUCACCGAAGCGUGGCUGGCAGCAAUGAAAUCGCGAGAAAGCACCAGACCACUGCCGAAACCCCUUCUAGACAAACCAGAAGGCCGCCGACCCAUGACGCUCGCGGCAAAAAUUCUUGCCCACCAUGCGCUCUCGGUCGAAGAUGCCCACGGCGUCAACGUCGGAGAUUUCCUGCGCGUUUCCGUCGACUGGGUCAUUGCGAGCGAGUUGUCAUGGGUUGGCAUGAAGCACAGCGUGACGAGCUUAAACAUGAGGCCUCGAGCCUGGCGCAACGAUCGCUUCUGGUUGGCCGGCGACCACGCCGUCGACCCAAGAAUUUACGAGCAAAAGCGUGUCCGCGAUCUGAUGCAUGGCCUUGAGGAGGCGAGAAAGGAUUUGAAGAUGACGGAGAAUCAAGGAUCUAAUUACACGAUUCUCCACACCGAGUUCGUGCGAGAGCGAGCAGAGCCCGGAAUGCUGGUUCUUGGAUCCGACUCGCACACCUGUUCUGCAGGUGCCGUGAGUGCUUUGGCAAUCGGUCUGGGAGCUGCCGACGUAAUGGCAGCGUUGGCUACGGGUGAGACUUGGCUCAAGGUCCCGGAAUGUAUCAGAAUCGAUUUUGUCGGUCAGCCGCUGUGGUACGUUGGCGGCAAGGACAUCGUCCUCGAUAUUCUGCGCCAGCUGAAACGGAACACACAUGCUGCAGACAGGGUCGUUGAGUUCGGCGGGCCGGGCAUAGCAGCCUUGUCGUGUGAUGCUCGUUUUGCAAUCUCCAAUAUGUGUACGGAGCUUGGCGCCAUCACAGGCAUCUUUGAACCCGAUUCAAUCGUCCAAAACUUUGUCAAGGGCAGGAAAGCAAGCUUCUACAAAUCCAACUCGAUAUAUUUCACAGCCGACACCGAUGCACCCUAUGAAGAGAAAUUCGUGAUUGACCUGUCACAAGUGGAGCCAUAUAUUGCUCUGUACCCUUCUCCCGACCAGGUGGAGCCGGUCACGUCGCAGCUCGGUAUGCCUUUUGAUGGUAUCUUCAUUGGAGCCUGCACCACCACCGAGGAGGAUCUAGUGUUAGCAGCCCUAGUUCUUGAAGCAGGUCUUGCUAUGGGCUUAACGAUGGCACCAGGAAAGCGAGUUAUGGUCCCCGGAAGCUUACCGAUUGUCCACAACUUGCGAAAACUAGGACUGUUGGAGAUAUUCACUCGCUGUGGCUGGGAACAGCCUGCGCCGGCUUGUAGCCUUUGUCUCGGCAUUGGAGCUGAUGUAGCCGAGUCGGGAACACGCUGGCUGUCCUCUCAGAACAGAAAUUUCAAGAACAGGAUGGGCAAAGGAGCGAUUGGCCACAUCUGUUCAGCAGCAACGGCGGCUGCCUCGUCCUUCUCAAUGACAUUGACCAAUCCCAAGGAUAUUCUAGAACAUGUCUCCGAGGAGAAGUAUCUGACUUAUCUCGCUCGCGUAACCCCAACCAAGCGAAGAAUCGGCAAGCCGGUGGCAGAAAAUGUGACGAAGCCAACCUACACCGAGCCGCUUCUCUGUACUGAUGCUGGGAGCGUUCCUGCUCCUCCUCUUGAGACGAAUGGCAACGGUGCUGCCAAACAGACGCUGGAGAAAAUCGAGAGUCGUAUUUUUCGGAUGGGCGACUACGUUGAUACCGACGCGAUUAUUCCAGCCGCUGCGUGCAUCAACAGCCCUAGCGACGAAGACCUGGGCAACCACUGCUUUGAAUUCGCCCAUCCCGAUUUCCGCCAUGCUGUCCGAUCAGGUUCUGCCGUGGUGGUUGCAGGCAAGGCUUUCGGCUGUGGCUCCUCGCGAGAAGAAGCUCCUCGAGCGUUGAAAGGUCUCGGGGUGAAGUGUGUCAUCGCCAAAUCGCUCGCCUACAUCUUCGCGCGCAAUAUGCCCAACAUCGGCAUGCUAGCCAUCACGAUCACGGACGAAGAUUUUUACCGGGUUGCGGAAGACGGAGAAUCGAUUGAGAUUGAUGUGGAGGGCCGUAAGGUGAAGAUUGGGAGCAGGAGCUGGCCGUUCUCAUUGGGGUCGACGGAACUGCAUUUGAUUAAUCUCGGCGGUCUGGGGAUGGCGUUGAAGAAGCAUGGCAACCAUUUGUUCGCUGCGAUUGGGCCGAAGAAUCACGGCUCGACUUCGGGACGCGGAGAUGAAUUUGGGGUGGCGACGUAUGAUGAGUUUGAAUGGUGA